AUGACAUCCAAGAUGAAAUGGCGGAAAGACAGGGAUAAGGGAGUCUCGACCUUUCUGGAAUCAGUGUACGCUGACAGGAACUGUAAGGAUCUGCGGGAUCAUGGCGUGUUACUCAGUGACUGGUACACCAUAUACCCAGAUGGCUGCACCCCCCUGAGGGUCCUGUGUGACAUGCACACCGAUGGUGGAGGCUGGAUUGUAUUUCAGAGACGCUAUGAUGGUUCCGUUGAUUUCCACCGUGACUGGAAGUCCUACAAGAUGGGGUUUGGUACCCGCCUGACAGAGUUCUGGCUGGGAAAUGACAACCUGCACCAGAUAACGUCAUCAGGCACCUGGGAGCUUCGGGUGGACCUUCAAGACUUUGAGGCUAAAAACUCUUUUGCUAAAUACAAAUCUUUUAAAAUUAUGGGAGAAUCUGAGAAAUACAAAUUGAUACUCGGAGACUUUGUGUCUGGUACUGCAGGAGAUUCUCUGACAUAUCAUAAUGGGAUGAUGUUCACUACGACAGACCAGGACAACGAUGUAUACUACGAUAACUGCGCUCAGAAGUACAAGGGGGCCUGGUGGUACAAUAAGUGUCACUCCACAAACCUGAAUGGACUGUACCUUCCUGGGAAGCACGCUAUCCAUGGUGAAGGCAUUACCUGGUACCAUGGCAAAGGGCAUAAUUACUCCUACAGACAGUCUGAGAUGAAGAUUAGACCGCUGUGAUGACGCAGAGAGACGCUUCCUACAAUGACGCUGAUUGUAUGUGACAUAUAACUGCUGUGAUUGGCUGUUACUGCGCUAUAAUGAGAAUAAAUCAUACAGUGAUAUA